AUGCGUGUGUUCGCCCAGCCGCCGGUCAUGGAGACGCCGGUCAGUACAGCGUGGGAGCGCCCCCUGGACCGCUAUGUACGAAGCAGGCUGGAGGCAUCAGCCGCAGAAGAAGCGGCGAUGGCCGAGCAGAGAGCUGCCGCCGAGAGGGACCUAUUCGUGGCGACUACUGCCGAGGAGGCUGCCGUGCCCAACGACGGCCCGGCAGCCCGCCGCUCGCGGUCGAGAAGAAGGAGUCCUCACGGUCGUGGAGCUGCCGCCCCGCUCCCAUCCGCCCUCCCGCCGCUCGCGGUCGAGAAGAGGGAGCCCUCGCGGUCAUGGAGCUGCCGCCCCGUUCCCAUCCACCCUCCCGCACGACCGCCGAUUCGCCGCCUCCUCUCCAGCUCCGGCUCAUCGCCGAGCUCCGGCAGGAGGUGCACGGAUCACGGCCGCCGCAACGCCGAGCUCUGCCGCCAUGGAUACGGCGAACGACAUCGGCCUCGCCACCCUCCACCCGCACCUCGAUGCCUCCUCCAUGGCCGCCGCGUUCGCCAACCCCAAGAGCGGCCGCGGUGGCAGCGGCGCGGGAGGCAUGGUCGCGCCGGGAAGAAGCGUGCACGAGCUGAGCUCGUGGUGCAUGAGCCUGCUCUUCUACACAUUUUUUUCACUGGGGAGGAGGAGUUCCAACUUGCUCUCUUCAGGAAUAGCAACCGAAAGAACCUUUUCGCCGAUCGGAUAUUUGAUCUGUUUGACCGGAAGUGCAAUGGUGUGAUUGAAUUAGAGGAGUUCGUUCGGUCUCUCCACAUUUUUCACCCGGAUACACCUACAGCCGAGAAGAUUGCAUUUGCAUUCAGACUAUAUGACCUGCGAGGCACCGGCAGCAUUGAACGUGAAGAGGAAAUGGUGCUUGCAAUCCUGAACGAAUCGGACCUGCCACUUAUGGUCAAACUGUGGAAAUCAUGUUCGUUCCCCAGAAAGUCCCAAGGAGGCUCUUCACCUGACCCAUGUCAGUGCAAUAUUGGACAAGAGUUAUGGCCUAAGGUGGUCAUCUUGCUGGACAUAUUUGCUUGGGUGCUAUCGUGGGUGAUAUAUCCACUUUGUUCGGUUAAGAUUCAACUAUUCUUUCUCGGGACAAGCAGGAGAUGAUGGGAGUGAAUGCACUCCCGUGUUUCACAUGGUAUGUUCUGAACUUAAUUUCCAUGGUUUAUGGAACUGCUGAAUAUGUUAUAUCUUCUGUCAUGUGUCAUCUAAAGAAUGUUGCCUUCUGUAGUUCAGUGAGGUGAAGCACAAUACCAAAGUUGGUUGCUUCUGAUAUUUAAGUGUGUCAUUAUACUCUGGUAUUAGUGGGUGUAAUUGCCAAUCUGGAGUAUAUAUUUGUUGGACAAGGUUGUAUAAUAUAUGGGCCAGAAUAUUCACUGGUUUGCAAAGCCAACUUAUACAGAACUCAUAUUCAUAUUGCAGAAUUAUAAUGUAGUUUCUUCGCAUGGAUGUAGUUGUUCUGCUAGCAUUCAGAUAUAGUAGUCAAUUCUUUUGGCGGUGUUGUAGAAUAUUGUAGCUGAACAGGUUUGCAUAUGUUCUCUGCAUAUAUUCUUUCACAUGCAUGAUCUGCAAAGUUCCAUUUUGGUAAAUACCACCAAAUUUACAGUCGAGUAGUUCAAUCAGUGUGGCUCAUGGCAGUUUUUUCGAGAUCCCUCUUGAAAACUGUUUCUCCUCUUUAUAACUUUGAUAGACUCUUUUAGGAUUUGUUGUUGUUUACUAGCACAUUCGAGGGUGUGCGAAGAUGCUCCAUUUGAAGAUAUUGGAUCGGAAAUGCUCUUUAUUUCUUCUCUGUUAUGCUCUUUAUUGGAUCGGAGUAAUUUGAAUUGGUGUUUUGGAAAAUUUCACCUGAUGGGUGCUAGGGAAGACCCAUGUUCCAGAUUCAGGGAAUGACUUUGCAUUGCAACUUCAGAUGGGAGCUUCACCAGAGAAAUCUGGUUGCUUUUGACACCACCAUGUUUUCUCGCCCCCAGUCUCUAAUAGAUUGGACUAAUAUGUGUGAAUUUCAUACUGGUUCAAGUUAUUAUGUUUAAGACAAUCUCAGUGUACAAGUUGCACCUUAUAUAUAUAUUAUCUCGCUUUACUUUGCUGCUGAAUUCUUCUGUAGCCUAUUCUCUGAGCUUGAUUAAUACAUCAUUUUACGAAAAAGCUUAUCAAUGCGAAAGAACUUUUGUCUUUUGAACUUCCUUUUGGAAUGACUAGGUCCUGUGUGUUUUCACUUACUGGCUGAGACCGAUUGGAAGGUAGAAUAUAUGUUCCUCAAUGACGAUAUUGAUUUCAUUUCCUAGAUGUUGAAACUUCAAACCUCUUAAAGUCGGAGCUGCCUUUGGUUUAAACCUGAAUAUUUUGUGUGUUGUGUUUCCGGCCUAUUUUGUUUACACUCGGAUUCGGUAACACCCCAUGAAUAUCAGAUGGAGUAGCGAUAUAAAAUGGAUCAAGGUUUUUAUUUUUCCCUUUAUGCUACGAAUGUUUGAGUGGACAUACAAUCAGGUAUUUAUUGCUUGUUAUUUUACGUAAAUGGUUGUCUACUUAUUUUGUACUACCUAGCUUGCGCUAAUUUACUGCGUGAUUGUCAUUUUUGUUUCUUGCUUCAGAGCACACUUUCUACUUAUCGUGGUUUUUUUCGUUUAUGAAUAAGAAAGUUCCCAUUAUAGAUACUACAAGGCUUUAGGUGUAUGCUUUGAUAUAUUCUGUCUUACACCUAUACACAGGAAAGAAAGCAAUGUGGUAAGUUUUAGAUUUAGAAAAUGGGUACAAAAGGAUACAGGAGUGAUAUGGGGAUAUAAUCAGUAUGGCUGCAUGUAUCACAUUUUAUUUAAUAUUGGAUCUUUCGAUUUUCAUGCCAUAAUUUCAGACUUCCGCCUUAAUAUAGUCACAAGGCAAUAACGCAGAGGUUAAUUAUUUCCAGGUUUUAAUUUCCUGUAUGAGUAAGACCAUCUACCUUAUUUACUUUGGCCAUCACAAAUACUGUAUUUUGCUUAGGAGAUUACUGUUGGUAUCAAUAUAGUGCUCUGAAACAAUCUUAUGCUACCAUGAAAUUGAAUAGAUGGCCGUAUCGUAAUUUAGUUAGUUUGAAACUGUUAUUUUUUGUUGUAAAUGGGGCUCUUCAAAUUUUCUCCACAACUCCUAUUUAAUAAUUAUCACUUUUAACAAUUCGUUGCUCUGUUUGUCCUAAUUUAGUUCUAGCAACAACUUUUGCAAAAUCUAAGAAAUGUAUUAUCAUAUUGGUAGUAAAUUUUAUCGUUACAUCGGCAUGAGCUUCCGGUAAACUCCUAUUUUGUGAUUAUCAGGUAUGAGGCACAUAUGCUAUUUAAGCAGUGUUUUAAGGUAUGAUUUUGCGUAAUUUCCCCCUUCCUGACGUUUUUGAUAGAACUAUAUGUUUUUAUAUUUAUCAGGUUGUUUAAUUGGGCUAAACAGAUGCAAUUUUUAUUCCUUUCCAUUUAUAUUUAUUAAUGGAGUAAACAAUUCGGAACUUUUAUUUGACUAAACGUUUGUCAGGUAUUCGAUUCUUAUAAAUACCAGUGACCUAAAAGGUUGUUUCUCUGUCUUUACUGAACUUCAAAAGCUUAACGAUGGUGCCUACUCCAUAUUGUCUUACUGCGACAGGGCAUGGCAGCGGUGGGCAUGGGCAUGAGGCUGGUGUCGCUCAGAGUGCAAGAGUUCCAGGAGGACUUGCUUUGGGCUCGCGGCCGCAUGCACAGGCUGCGGGAGGUGCGGCAUGCCCCAUACAGAGCGUUGCGAAGGAGGAGCACGACCUCGAGCCCGCCGCGCGAGAUGACGGUUACAUCAGCCCGAGGAUCUACAUGUGUGAGGAGCCCUGCGCCACGACACCACACCACAUCUGUGACAUGGAAGACCAUAAUAUUAGGCUGAUCGCACCGCUUUUAUGGACGAAAGCCGCUGGCCGAGAUGGUUCUUCAGUGUUAAUAUUGGUCGGUUGAUUUGGCCACGGUCUGUCAAACUGGCGGUUACUAAUUAACCUAAGCAAAAGGGAACAUCUAGGGAUGUGACUGACUACACUAGGAUCCCACGUGAUUUAUUUUUUAUCUAUAGAUCGAUUUCACUAAUUAAUGAUAGAAAGAGGGCUCAUUCAUAUGUUGUGCUUCAAGCUUAACAAUAUUUUCUAUUUUGAGUUAGUAUUUUGGUAGUACUCAGCUCUGUAUAGACUCCAUAUGUAGGUUGUUUUUUUCUGUAGGUAAAGAAAAUAGAGAUAUGUAUAUGUUUUCCCAAAGCUUAGUGGUAAUGUUUGUUUUUCAUUUGUGAACUA